AGGAGAGCAGGAGCUAAAAUGAAAAAAAAAAUCGGAAAAUCGUUAUGCGACUACUGCUAUAAACCACCACAAAAUCGCGGUCGUCUGUUGUUGCCGGGAACCUCACACUCGCGCAUCGCAGCGAAUCGGACUCGGAAUCCUCGGCUCUGACACGGCAGCCGCAUUAUAAAUUUUUUGCGAUCUGCAGAAUCUAAGGAAUAAAAAUGGAUCCAUCGAAUCUGCCAUUCGGCUUUCCCGGGCUGCCAAACCACGGACACAUGCCAAUACCCCCGACGGCCAACAUGCUGGGUGGAGGACAUCCUGCGCCGACCGCCAGCCCACCCCAGAGCGUGCCCGGACGCCGCACUCCGUUGGGUUCCGUGGGUCUGGGGGGCUUUUACGCCCAGGGAAUGGGCAUGUCGCAGCAGAGCCUAGCACCAACGGAUGAGAACAAACCCGGACCGAGUGGACCGGACAAGCCGUUGAGUCCGACUGCGGCAGCGAUUGCUGCCAUCAGCGGCGGCACCACCACAGUGGCCCUGUCGAGUGGUUCGAGCGGCGGGCCCGGAGGCAGUGGCUCGAACGGGGGCAAGCAGAAGAACCGUCAAGGGAAAACCGUGCGAUUGAAUAUAAAUGCCAGGGAGCGCAGACGGAUGCACGAUCUGAACGAUGCCCUGGACGAGCUGAGGAGUGUCAUUCCCUACGCCCACUCGCCGUCGGUGCGGAAGCUCUCGAAGAUCGCCACCUUGCUGCUGGCCAAGAACUACAUUCUCAUGCAGCAGAAUGCCCUCGAGGAGCUGCGAAGACUUCUGGCGUACAUACAGACCACUACCGGAUCCGCUCCCCUGGAUUUGGGCGCCUUCCCGGCUGCCGCCAAGUUGCAGGCCCUGCUCCAGGGACCCCACCACGAGCCGCCCACCAGCAGCAGCAGUUAAACGUGUAUUUCCCGUCUACGAGUAUAUGUUCUUCUGAUAAGCAAUCGAUAAACAAGCAAUUUUUUAAGUCAAUUCGAAAAAGCCAAACAAAUAAUACUAGUCAGACGAAACGGAGGUUGAGAAGAUUCCUGUCCAGAGCAGCCCAGUGAGAAUCUGUUGAGUGAUAUUUAUUUCUUUAAUAAGCAAUUCUUUUGUGCGCAUUUUUAUGAUGUCAGUGUACGAUUAUACGAGUAUGAGUAUGUAUGCAUAAGAUGAACAUUACCAAAUAAAGUAUUACGUAUUUCAUGAUAA